UAGCUUUUAUGAAAUUGUUCCAUUCAAACUUUAAUGAUAGAAACUUCAGUAGAUUUCUUGAAAAACACCAUUAAAGUAUGCUUGCUUUAGCUUUAAGCUAAUCGGCUCCUUUUAGCUGGCUGCUGAUGUUGAUGCUCAUGUUUGUGUGACCACAAUUCUUUUGUGUGUUUGUUAUAAAGCUUCAAAUAAAGCUUUGUAUUAGUGCAAGGUGCUUGUCAAUACAAACAAAAAUGAUGCAUGUAUUACUUUUGUUUUAGACGACACCUGAUACCUGAUGACAUCUAUUGAGGCUUUUUAUUACCUUACUAAAUACAACAGUUAUUAAUAAACUUCAUUAAUAGUCUAAACGUACCUGUGAUGGUCUUGUGGGAUUUAGUAAACACAUGCACACAUGCACCUGUUUGUUCAUCACGAAAAACCACUUAUUCUGAGAACAUCUCUGUUUAGAUGCAGGUAUAUUAAACCGUGCUGUCUCUAUUUCUGGCUUUACUUUCACAACAAAGGACCGUCCUAACCUUUUCUUCUUCCAUCCAGCUUUUUAUUUGCUGUUCUGAUGUUCAGGCUGGAAGUAAAGCUUCUGACCUGUUGGCUGCUUCUAUUUUAGGAUGCACAAAUAGGAAACAUGAAUGCUGCAGUUUUUGUUGUGGAACUAUCCUGUUUAUUACUGUCAAGUUUAUUUUCUCCUUUCUUCUUGAAUUGUGGCAGCAUGUCUUUGUGUAGUUUCAUGCUUUAACAGUGUUCGAUUACUACUUAUUUAUCAGCUACAAUGUUUUCUUCUUCCUCUCUCUUUUGCUACAGAGAGAAGACACAGUUCAACCAGCAAGCCAGCCUCCACGUCGCCCUUCAGCGUGUCGGGCAGAAAUCGAAGUGCCGGCAGCGGGCUUGGGCCUGGGCUUGGCUCGGGGACUGUGGCCGGAGUGACAAGUGGAGGAGGUGUUCUUAACCGACCGUCCACCACCGGCUCUAGUUUAUCAUCCUCUUCAUCAUCCUCCUCCAAUCCCAAAUUCCCUAAAUUAGCCAAAGAGAAACUUCAAGGCAUUCAUCGAAGACCACCGCUCACCCCAUCCAAGAUGGUCCAGCCAGACAAAAACCUCACCCCUGCUGUUAAGGUGGAGAAGAUUCUUCUGAAGGGGGACUCGUCAGCUAAGCUGGUGCAGACUCCAUCUGCUCCUGUCAACACCUCAUCCUCCUCUUCCACAUCCUCCUCUAACACCACUGUGAGCUUCAGCACUGCCACCAUUGCGACCUCCUCAUCGCCAUCAUUAUCCUCAUCUUCAUCAGCCCUUAAACCAGGCCUUAACUGUCCCUCCAUACCAAAGCCUCCAUUACUGGCCUCAGGUCAGAUUCUCAAUGGCAAGAAUCCCAUCGUGGACAAGAAGCAGGACAGCAGUAGCACCAGUAGCAGACGCCACUUCAACAAGAAAGUGUCAGAACGCGAGUUCAAUCCAGACAUUCACUGCGGCGUUAUGGAUGCUGCUCAUAAACCCUGCACGAGAUCUUUAACAUGCAAGACACAUUCCUUAAGCCAUCGGAGGGCGGUGCCAGGACGAAAGAAGCGCUUCGACAUACUGCUGGCAGAACACAAAAACAGAGCAAGAGAGCGGGAGAAGGAGCGAGAACUUGGUCCAUCCCACCCCCAGCAAAACGCCCCUCUCAGGGACCCACACCCUUCCCCCCAGCUCACCCCUGGCCACGACGCCCACCAGGUGGCUCAUGGCAUCGGACCAGCCCCAGAUACCACAAAGCCUUCGCCACUUGGAAAGCCCAAAUUUCACAGUCCAGGUCUUCCUCGAGUCAACAGCAGUCAUGCAGGUGGUUCUUCUGGAGACACUGCAGUAGUGCAUGAGUCCACACACCACCCCCAAACUGCCCCUGAUGGUUUAUCCAGACCCUCCAGCGAUGAGGGAGAGAAUGAAGAACGUGAAGAUAGUGCAGACAAACUAGACUGUGUCUUUUCAGGUUAUCACCCCCAACCGGCAGCUUACUGUUCCUUUGGGAGUCGAUUGUUCGGGAGAGGAUUUUACUCCUUUGACAGGCGGUGGGACAGAGUGCGAUGUGCCCUAACCACAAUGAUGGAAAAGCACGUCAACUCUCAGAUGUGGAAGAAAAUUCCCUUGGCCUUGGAGAACUCCUUCUCUGUUGCACCUACCCAUAGGACAAGCACAAAUUCCCACGGUAGCACUCCCUCUGCAGGCUUCCUGGGCCCCCCUGCCACCUUGCCCCAAACUCCUUAUGAGGGCAAGUCCACACUCCCCUAUGGGACCACCUUAAAUGCUCACAGCUCCCUACAGGGCGGGACUGAGCACCCGGCCUAUGGUACCACGCAAGCCCGACAAGUGUCUUCGUCGCCACAGAUGCCUUCAGCCCACUUGUCCUCAUCAUCAUCUUCGGCUCCAUCCCUAGCCUCAGGCCGGACGCUUAAGUCCCGUUCCUCCAGCAGCACCACUACCAAGUCCUCAUCGUCUUCGUCAUCGAUCAGGCCCAAGGAGAUGACCACUGUCUCCUCCACCCCCGUCACCCCCAACUCCACCGGUGGAGGAAACACUGGAGCAAACAGUAACAGUAGUAGCACUAGCUUUAGCUCAGCUAAGAAGAGGAAGAGCAGCUCUGUCCUUUCUUCCUCUCACACCUCCUCUGAAUCCUCCUCUUCUAACGUCAAUUCCUCCUCAUUUAAGAAAUACUGUGCAAAUGUUGGCAGCUCAGGGAGCACCUACCACCACAGCCCAUUAGGACUACCAUCUUCUUCUUCAUCAUCCUUCUCUCACAGUGGAGUUCACAGUGUGGGCCUCAACUGUGGCCCCAAUGUGCGGACCAACUCUCUCAGUCUCAAAGCAGAACCUUCUGGAGGUUCAGCAGGUGGCUCCUCCGGACCACCGGCUCGAGGUCCUCCCUCGGGCAGCCCUGCAGAGUCCAUAAAGCGCAUGAGCGUGGUGAUGAACAGUAGUGACUCCACUCUUUCUCUGGGACCUUUCGUCCAUCACCAGUCCCCAUUGGACCACCAUACCAGCUUUAGCCACCACCCUUCAGACGGACGCCUGGAGGGCAAGAAGCGCAAAAGCUCUUCGGUUUCCAGUGGCAUCAAUAGUGUAGGUGGAGGUGGGGGAGGAGGAGGUGGUGGAGCUGGGGCAGCUGGAACAGGUAGAACCAAAGUGGCCAAGUCACCUACCAUCAAUAACAUCCAUGGGAAGCAUGGGCGAAGCAUUCCAGGGACCCCAGGCCUACCUAACAACUCCCAUCUACAUCAGCCAAAAGCACGUCCCUGACAGCGGCUUCCUGCUUCUGCGUUUGAAAUGGGCAGUUGGACAGAGACAAGUCCGGAGCAGUCUGCAAGCUGCUUUGGACUUUAAGAGGCCUUCUGAAAUUAAAUACACAUUACUCUCAGCUUCCCACAAUCCUCAGGGUGGAGAUGAGCUGGACUGCCCAGUGAUGUCGAUGUGGUCCUUACUAUUUCUCCCAAAGCCAUGUGUCUGUGUUUAUGUGUGUGCUCGUUUGUGCGUGAGGGGCGGGCUGAGGCACAGAAUGGAGUCGGGGUAGAACAAGCAAGCCAAUGAUUUCCACCACCUGAGUCUGGUCCGAGUUUCCUGAGAGUUCUUCCUAUCUGGUUGGAGAUAGAAGGCACCGUUUGUGCGCCCGCGGGUCUCCUAACGGGACGCAGAGCAUCCCUGGAGAUCUGAUCUUUUCAGUGUUUGUCCAAAAAUGAGUGCAAAUGUGUCUACAAGUGUUUUUCUCAUGUCAGACUCUGCUGGAAUUUCCAACUCAACGACAACCCCCAUCACCUGAUCUUAAAAGCCUUGCAAAGGAGAGCAAACUGAGAACUGUUAACACCUUGUUUCAGUCUUCGUUAGUCCAACUCUGAUGACAUGUCCAGUAACCUCAGGUUACGUACGGUAGCCUACGGCACGCCCAUGGGGAUAAUCUGGCCAACUCUUUCAGAAUAAUUAUGCAAAGCUUUGUCUUUUUAUGAUUUCUUAUGAGCUUUUUACACUGUACCUCAAAGGGUCUUUGUAGUUUUGUUGAAGAGGGUUGUGCAUUUAAAAUGUGAAAAGGACACCUGAUGUGCCCAUUUGAAUCUUUUUUUCAGAGGUGGCUGGGUCUGGUUGAUUUACUGAAUUUUGUUUCAUUGUGCAAAACAAAACAAAACAAAAAAACAAAACAAAACAAAAAAAUGAUAGCCAGAGUAGACCAACUGUGAUCAGCUCUAAAAACCUUCUCCACAGGCACUGCUUUAGCUGUCCACAAAGCAAAGCCAAAAGCUGCCACAGUUCUGCCAACAUCCCUUUGUUCUGAUGUAAAAGGUGCGAGUCUUACUCAUGAAGAAAAGCUGUAUCGUUUUAGCCACAACUACUUCACACCCAAACAGCUGCGUGAAAUCCCCAGCUGCAUUUGGGUGGAUGUGAAUUGUAAUCUUAGUUUUUUUUUGCAUUAAUUUUCCCCAAAAUCGAAUCAGGUAUGGUGCGUCUUAACUGGAACAAACUUGCACGUCACUCGUCUUCUCUGGGUUUGGAUUGUCCUUCCUGUGUGUAACCUCUACGCAGCUGUUGGAUGUUAACGCCUCGCCAUAACAUAAUGUGUGUGUGAGGUGGUUUGUCACAGUAGCCAGGAUGUAUAGUCCGAGUGGAGUCUUAGAAAUGGGCACGACUGAUGUUUGCUUUUGAAGAUUUGGUUCUGGGUGGUGCGAGGUUCAUGGUGAUGUCUUCAUGCAGGAUGGAGCUGAAACUUUUUGGCCACACCCGUUGAUUUUAUGGAGCCCCUACUGAUGUCAGAUAAACGUAGAGGAAACAGUUGUUUUUAGGUAGAGAAUCUUUAAGUCACCCUUCUCCUUGUAGCUGAAGUAUCAAAAAGUACUGAAGUAUCCCUAUUUGAGAAAACAUAUUUUGUUAAUGAAUUGUACAUAAGAAAGUAUGUAUUUUUGCACAGGCAUUUUUUUCAUACGCUGAAUUUUUUGGUACAAUUUUGAAGAUUAUUUAGUAAAAAACAAACACAGACUAUUUGAAGUGGUUCACUGCCAAGUUUAUACAAUGCAAUACACCUCCAUGUAGAAGCUGAAGCAUGUCAUGAAUUGAGUCCUUGGAUCCUUUAAGGUGGAAAGGAGGGGUGUUGCCACUGUAGCAUGUGUCUGUACAAGAGGGGUACCUUUAUUCACCGAUCAAGGUCUGAAUCACACGUGCUUUUACCAGAUAUUUUACGUUGCCUAUGAAUGAACACCAUGAGGGCAGGGGGGCACAACUCUAGCCUACAGAGUCUGCAAUUUCUUUGAAACGUCGUUUUGCCUAAAGCUGUGCCCGUUGACUUGUCUUUAUACCUUUUAGUCAUUAAACACAUUUCAUGAUUAAAACACUUUUUCUGGAGGCAGAAGGGAACUUCGUGAUCUUUCGAGGGAAGAGAAUGACUUCAGAUGGCCCAACGGCUCGCAUCAUCGUUGCCAAACAAGUAAUUUGAAUCACAGCUUUUAAAGAAUGAGUUCAGCAGCUUUUAAAAGAAAUAUCAGAUUUAAAAAGUGCCUGAAUUAGUUUAUUUUUCCACCCUGGCUGUUUGAAAACAGUAUUUAAUGGGUCGUUUUACCUUACUUGAAUGUCAAAAGUAUUUAGGCGUUUGGUUCUGCUGCCUGUGAACCCUAAAUGUGGUAAAACCUAAAUAGGUCAAUUCAGUAUAAAACACUUUUUAGGUUUUCUUUAAGAGAUGCAGAUUUUGUUAGCCUCAGUGUGGUUUAGGCUCUCUAAUUUACUGAUUUAGAAACGUUUUGUUUACUCAAGGCUCCUCAGAUUUUUUUUUCCUGUUACGGUUUUUAUUCCACCGUAGACUUGAAAUGUGAGGGAGAACACAACAUAUGUCUGGGAAGGAAAUAAGAAAUUCAUUCAUAUGAUGUAAAAGUGUGUAGAUUUUUUUUUAUACGUUAUCAGAAUCAUUAUCAGCUGGACGUACGUGUUGGCUGCUAUGUAAUUCAUGAACAAAAAAAUAGGUUAGAAUUAAUAUUUAAAGAAAAGAUUGUAUAGUAUAUUUGUUUUGUAACAAGUUUGUGUAAAUAAAAUAAUUUAUACUGUUAUUUAUA